AUGGCGGCCUGUGUAAUGCGGAGUUGUGGGCUUUUGUCUACUGUUAGUAAAUAUAGUAAAAAACACACGCUGCGGGUACUCAGUGUGAAUUUUAGCAGUAGACACGAAGUAAACAGACGCCGGUUGCAAUGUUCCUCGUGUGGACUUCUGAAUGUGCAGCCGAAACGAUUUAUGUCCUCCCGUAACAGGGCAGAAGGAAAGGUGCUGGAGACUGUGGGAGUGUUUGAGGCCCCAAAGCAACAUGGCAAAUAUGAGACAGGACAGUUGUUCUUGCACAGUGUGUUUGGCUACAGAGGUAUUGUGCUGUUUCCUUGGCACGCUCGUCUCUAUGACCGUGACGUCACUCCUCCAGCAUCUGACAGUAAACCAGAGGAUUCAAGCGCACAUGGUUCGAAGGAGGUGAAGGGAAAAACGCACACAUACUAUCAAGUUCUGAUCGACACCAGAGACUGCCCACACAUAUCACAGAGAUCACAGACAGAGGCUGUGACAUUUCUUGCCAAUCAUGAUGACAGCAGAGCCCUGUAUGCUAUUCCAGGUCUAGACUACGUAAGCCAUGAGGAUAUUCUGCCAUAUAACUCUACAGAUCAGGUGCCAAUUCAGCAUGAGCUGUUUGAGAGGUUCCUUAUGUUUAACCCAUCAAAAGCGCCCCCAUUUUUAGCCAGAGACACGUUGCGUGCAUGGCAAGAAAAGAACCAUCCUUGGCUGGAGUUGUCUGAUGUCCAUCGUGAGACUACAGAGAAUAUCCGUGUCACUGUCAUUCCCUUCUACAUGGGCAUGAGGGAAGCACAGAAUUCACAUGUUUACUGGUGGCGCUAUUGCAUCCGCCUUGAGAACAUGGGGAAUGAGGUGGUGCAACUUAGAGAAAGACACUGGAGGAUCUUCAGCCUGUCGGGAACGCUGGAGACGGUUCGAGGCCGUGGCGUGGUGGGACGGGAGCCUGUUUUGUCUAAAGAGCAGCCGGCGUUCCAGUACAGCAGUCAUGUCUCACUUCAGGCCCCCAGCGGACACAUGUGGGGGACCUUCCGAAUCGAGCGGACUGAUGGAUCUCACUUUGAUGUAAGGAUCCCUCCAUUCUCCCUGGAAAGCAACAAAGAUGACAAGUCCCCCCCUGCUGGAUACAACUGGUAGAUCGGCUGAACUAUCCACAGAACGAGGCUUUCUUUCUUAUUUCAAUUCCAGCCCACAUCCUAAUCUCAGAUCAUGAACAAGCCAUCACCCAUCAUGAACAUCUCCCACAAUUUCAACCUAAUUAAUUUCACAUCUGAGAUCUUACUGAUAAGGUACUGGUACUAGUAACCAGAAGGUCCCUGGUUCAAGCCCCACCAUAUCUGUGUUGGACCCCCUCACAGUUGUUAGGAUUUAGUCACAGUUGUUUGCUGCUUUGGAGAAAAUCAUUGCUAAUUGCCUUAAAUGUAAAAUGGGUCAUGCUGUCACUUUUCAAUACUGUAUCUUUCACUCUAGUUUUCAUUUCAUUUCCAUUAACCCUGGACACUAAGUUCUCUGGACAUGGUCUGUCUGGACUCAUCAUGCCAAUCAUGUCUGUUUAGACACCCAGUUUUUAAGUCUUGUAUAGAUCCAUAUUAUAAACAGUUUGAAGUGAACUGUGUGAAAAUACACCAAGCAUAAACACCUUCAGAAAAACACAUUUUGGACUUUGGGGAGUAUUUACAUCACAUCACAUUACUUACUAUUAUUGUAAAGCGGCGGUCACACUAGAAACUUGGUCUUCCUUUUUGCAUUUGAACGAAGUGUUGUCAUGUUUGUUUCGCUUAUUUACAUAAUGUCAUUUCUACAUGUGCACAAAAUAUUGCACAUAGCAAGUUGGCUGCUGAUCUUGCAUUCUAAUGUUAAAGGUUGCUUGAAAGCAAGCUUUCUGGACACCUAUAAACAGUAAAAAGCACAAAAGUAAAUGAUAGUUAAAACUUGGGAUAGGUAAUAUUCAGUAAAUGUAAUUCUCUAAAACAUUAAAGACACUGAGGUUUUAUUAUUUAUAUAUAUGCUGACAGUUGUUUCAGGCAGGUCACACGUUUUUAGACUAGUCGUGGCCACGCCACAAUUUGCAUUUACAUUAGACGCAUCCUUAUACAUGCACGCAAAUGGUAAGACAGUUAAAGAUCUAAAACAACACCAACUGAAUAGCUAACUGAUGACAAAGUAUCUGGACAAAGCACUAUUUGCAUUUGCUAUGUUGAUAGGAAUGACUUGAGAUUGUUUGUAGCAAAUUUUAAUAAUAGGUUCCUGUUACCAUGAUUACAAAAAAAUAUAUAAACUGUGACCACUGGUAGAAUUAUAACAUUAUGUCUUAAUGCAACACUGCAAAAUAAGUGCUUCCUUCGUUUUCCAUUCACACUGGAAGGCUGCUUUGCAAAUUGCUUAAUCAUAGUGAACUCUGUUCAAAUUAAUGUCACUUUGCGUGCCAUGUUUUGCUGGUGUGACCGUAGCUAAAUACAGCAGUAUUCAUUUUCACUCAUGUUUUCAUCCUUUUUUGGGGCUUUUUCUAGCAUGUUUAGUUCUUGUGUUAAUAUAGCUUACAGAACGGUGUUUUAGUUCAUUGAGCCUCUCCUGCAGAGCUUCAUUUCCAACCCAAAUCAAACGAUUCUCAUGUCAAAGCUCUUAUUUAAGGGACUUGUAUUUUAGCUUGGCUUCAGUGCUCAGCGCAAAAGGUGCACUUUUAUAACCCUAGUGCUCUGUGCUGCUUUGAUGCUGCUUAAAACCAGGAGGGGGGUCUUAAUAAAGUAAAAUUAAGAUAGUGUUUACAGAAAAUACAAUUUAUCAAGAGCGGAAGCAAAUGAAAACUAGAACUAUUGCCUCAAAUUCAUCAAUACAUAGUAAAAUAAAUAGACCUCUGGGUUUGGUUUUGUCUUUUUUUUUUUUUACCAACACUCACAUGACUUAUUCUAACUGUGUGGAAAUGGAAAAAGCACUAAAAAGGGAAGAAAUCGAAACAUGAUUGUGAACAGCAAUGAUAGUGUUAAUCUUCUUUAGAUAAAGCUGUAUAUUAUAGGUAUUUAAGGUCAGAUUUCUGUAGAAAUCAGCAUUUAGUGCCACUUUAAUGCUCAGGGACCAGGCUGAUUGGAUUGCUUGCUUUUUUGUUCUUUGCUUUGCAAUGUUUACUUCUAUAAAGAACACAAAUUAGUCUCCGAUCUAAAAAAAAGUCUGAUCAUUUGAAAGACAUAUAGUUCUUUUAGCUCCAGUAUAGAAGUAUUACUAUAUUUAUUGUGCACUAAGGUCCUUGAAAAUGUAACUAUUACCACAAGAGUAAUUAAAGACAUUUUCAGGACAAAAAGUACAAAACAAGUAUUGUGUAAAAAUAUAUAUAAAUCAUAGAUUAUUUUGUUGGUCAGGGAUUGAAUUAUAAUAAUAUGUGCCAUUAUAGCUGUAGUAUCUUGUUUGUUUUGUGAAACGUGGUAUGUGGUAUAGUAUUUAAAAACCUCUUUGAAUCUUUAUGAAUAGAUACUGAUUAUGAGGAUUGCUUUGAGUUGGAAGUGGAAAUGAACUCUGUAGGUUUCCAAGAGCAGGAUUUGUGAUUAAUGUUAUUGCUGCUUAUCAUUUUUUGUCAUUUGUUUUGGCUUAAUUCAGCCCAAAAAGACCUGAUCUUGUGCUGGUUCCUUUUGAAUACCAUAGAAAACACUCAUUUAGGGGCUAUUUAUUGAGUCAUUGCUACUUACUGUUUUAGUCUCUGUUAUUUCUACCAGUCUGGCUAAUUUGUGAUGCUUCCGAGGAUAUAUGAAGCCAGCUGUUGCUUUAUUCAUAGUAGAGGUGUCGAAGAUGAUCACUUCUUCUGUACACAUGAGCUGAUAGAUUCCCAGCAUUGAUUAAGGAGAUGUUUUUAACCUUAUCAUCAAGACGUCAGUGUGAUGGAAACCUGUUAAGCUAAAUACAUUUAAGGUCCUGAUUGCCCUUGAUCCAAAACCUAGUCCAGUGUUAUUGUUGAUUUUCUGUAAAGUCAAGGUAAAUGUGGCAAAACCGAAAGUACAUACAGCGUCAGGAAAGGAAUCCCAUAAAUUCUUAAGUUAAUGUGUCAGCCAUGUAGUCUUUACAUUCUCCAAGAAUCUGACUUCUGUCUUCCCUUUAAUAUAAGCAGAUAUGCGUUCAAUGUUUCUGCACAGCUGGGUUUUUUUUAUCUCUGUGUGACAUGAUGUAGAAGAAAAUGACUAUAAGAGUGACAGAGCAAAUGUGAGUAAGGGUAUUUUUGUACCUAUGCAUUUCUGAGUACUACAAGUGAUGAUGGAAACUACCUUCAACCUCAAGUUUGGCUUUUGGUUGAGUGUAGGCCUCCUUUAAAUGAUGAUGGUUGAAAGUAAUGCAAUUUGUAAUUAAAUUAAUAAAGUUCAGGUCAACGUAGCAUAA